CACAACACAACCAAGCGGGUCUGUGGCUGCCUUUCCACACAAUUGCACCCUCACACUCCUUUGAACUUGGAUCUAUCGAGAAAAAGUCCACCACCGGUUUACAUGGUGUGGGCCUGAUCAUAUUAGAUUUUCACUGUUCUCUGGAAGGUGAAGGGGGGGGAAAUGAAGUUUCUUGCUGCAUGUUUUGUGGUGCUGCAGCUGCUGUUUGCUUCUGAAAUCCAGAGUUUUGACUUCAUUGUGGAAGAAGAUCCAGAGAAACUGGCAGCGUUGUUUGACUUGGAGACCAGUGGCUUUGUCUCAAGCCCCCAGCUGCCGAGGGGCAGAUAUCAGAGAGGCGCAUCUGAUGCUGAUGAUGAUGAAGAAUUGCUUCUAGGUGAUGACAACAUAGUCCUCCACAGCUACAAGAUCCAGUCCACCAUCACGUCCCGCCUGGCCAAUACGAUGGUCCAGACCAAAGUGGAAAACAGAGCCAAGCAUUCACAGAAUCUGGUCUUUGAUGUCCAGAUCCCCAAGGGGGCCUUUAUUCACAAUUUUACUAUGAAUGUCAACGGGAUCACUUUUACGAGUUCAGUUAAGGAAAAAUCUGCGGCUCGAAGUCAGUUUGCCCAAGCUAGGGCCAGAGGUAAAGCUGCUGCAAUCCUAAGGAGCAAUGCUCUCGACAUGGAGAACUUCAAAGCCGAACUCAACGUCCCAAGUGGAACCAAAGUCCAGUUUGAAAUUCAUUACCAAGAGCCCAUCCGGAGGAAACUAUCAACUUAUGAACACAUUAUUCCGGUGCAGCCAGGGAGGCUGGCCAAACACGUGGAGGUUGAUGUCCACCUUGUUGAACCACAAGGGAUUAGUUUUGUCCAUGUUCCUAACCUACUUGGCGAGCAGUUUACGGAUGCAACGACGGUCAGCAAAGGAGUUAAAAAGGCGCACAUAUCCUUCAAGCCAACUAUAGCCCAGCAGCGGAAGUGCUCCAAUUGUACCACCACAGCUGUGGAUGGCAACCUUGUGGUGACGUAUGAUGUCAACAGGGAUACGGAAGCCGGAGAGCUGGAGAUCUUCAAUGGCUAUUUUGUCCACUACUUCGCUCCUGAUAAUUUGGAACCUCUACCGAAGAACAUCCUCUUUGUCAUUGAUGUCAGUGGCUCAAUGUGGGGAUUAAAAAUGAAGCAGACUGUUGAAGCUAUGAAGACCAUACUGGGUGAUCUCCGAUCCGAUGACCAAUUUUCAAUCCUUGACUUCAACCACAACAUCCGGUGCUGGAGAGACAGCUUGGUGCAAGCUUCCAAAACCCAGACAGAAGCAGCCAAGAAGUACGUUGAGGGAAUCCACCCCAAUGGAGGAACAAAUAUCAAUGAUGCCCUCCUCCGAGCCAUCUUUAUUUUAAAUGAAGCCAAUGCUCUGGGAAUGUUGGAUCCGAGUUCUGUAUCCAUGAUCAUAUUGGUAUCGGAUGGAGACCCAACUGUUGGAGAACUAAAGCUGCCAACAAUUCAGAAGAAUGUGAAGAAGAAUAUCCGGGAUGAUAUUUCUUUGUUCUGCCUUGGAAUUGGCUUUGAUGUGGACUAUGAUUUUCUGAAGAGAUUGGCUACUGAAAACAACGGAGCUGCACAACGGAUCUUUGGGAAUCAAGAGACAUCUUCCCAGAUGAAGAAAUUCUACAACCAGGUUUCUACCCCACUCCUCAAAAAACUGGACUUCAACUACCCCGAAGGACUGGUGUCUGAUGUAACUCAGAGCAGCUUCCAGAAUUAUUUUGGAGGCUCAGAGGUUGUGGUAUCGGGAAAAGUUGACACCGAAAAUGUGCAGCAUUUACAAAGUGUGGUAACAGCCACAGCUUCCAAUGCACAGUUAAUCUUGGAGACUCUGGCAGAUGUUGAGGGACUGGAUGAAUUCCUGAACAAGGAUAAGCAUGCUGAUCCCAAAUUCACAGAAAAGUUGUGGGCCUACCUUACUGUCAACCAACUCAUGGCUGAGAGAAACAUAGCUUCUACAGCUGCAUUGAAAAGAAACAUCACCAAGGCCAUUUUGCAGAUGUCACUGGAUCAUCACAUCGUGACCCCGUACACAGCUAUGUUGAUUGAAAGCCCAAAUGGAGAAGAGCUGAUGCUGGCCGACUCCCCUCAGGACCGCAAGAGGGCCUGCUGUCCAGGUGCUCUAACCAUUGGCCAGCCCAAGCCCGAGAAACCCAUCCCAGGUUGGGUACCGGUUGGCUCCAAAGACCCACAAUCGGUUCUUAUGGGUCCAACUGCGGCAGCUGUACAUACAGGAUCCUUAGUUAUUGACCAAGAACUGACUGACAAUUCCAUUCCAUCCUGGGUGAAGCCCGCAACGAAAUCAGGGGGUCCCUUAGCUGUUGUCAUGGGUCCAACUUCUGCCAUACCUGCAGGCUUUUUAAUUUUAGGGCACAAGGCUGAUAACUCCAGCACCCUGUCAAAGAACCCAGCUGACAGCAAGAGGAUACAUUCAGUGGACAACGAUCCCCAUUUUAUCAUCAACCUUCCAAGGCAACAGAAGAACAUCUGCUUCAAUAUUGAUUCUGAACCAGGGGCCAUCCUGAAUUUAAUUUCAGAUGCAGAGUCUGGAAUUACAAUUAAUGGGCAGCUCACUGGAGCCAAGAAGUUCUUGAAUAAUAAACUGAACACCUACUUUGGCAAGAUUGGAUUUAAUUUUGAAAUGAAAGGCUUAAAGGUCGAAGUCAGCACUGAGACCAUCACCUUGAAGGAUGGUUCUUCCACCCAUUCUCUUUCCUGGUCAGAGACAGGAAGACUCAUCCGGAGGAGGUUGCUUGUCUCGGUGAAGAAAGAGAGCAAUGUCACUCUCACUGUAGACGGGGAGCUGACCUUUAUGGUCCUACUCCAUCGGGUCUGGAAAAAGCAUCCUGUCAAUGUGGAUUUCCUGGGCAUCUACAUCUCUCCUGCAAAUAAUUUCUCCUCCACUGUGCAUGGCCUCAUUGGUCAAUUCAUGCAUGAACUGGAUGUAUCCAUCUACAAUGAAAGACCAGGGCAAGACCCAGGGAAAUCUGAUGCUACCAUGGAAGUGAAAGGCCACAAGCUUACGGUCACCCGAGGUCUGCAAAAAGAUUACCGCUGGGACCGUGUGUUUGGGACCAACGUCCAAUGCUGGUUUGUGCACAACAAUGGCAAAGGUUUCCUUGAUGGCCACUACAGGGAUUACCUUGUCCCUAAUUUAUACAGCUACCUGAAGCGCAUCUGAACGCUCACCAUUAAAGCAGGCAAAGAAACUGUCCAAAUGGCCAUGCUACUCAUCUUGCAGCAAUUCACACGUGCAACGUUCUUUGGGGAAGGGCUUCAUCGCAGCCUGCUCCAGCGUAAUGCUACCCACUUCCCCAAUCCCCUGAAAUUAUUCUCUCCAGGGGUGUCUGGUGACUGUGGCUGACAAUGUUUCACCGAGGCUGCUUUUGUAGAAGGCAAACUAAAAAUUCAGCUUUCGAGCAGUGUUGCAUUUCAAAGCAAACUGGUAUUCAAAGGUGGCUGCCCCGUCUAGAAAAUCUGUUUUUAUUUUCUUCCUGAAUGUAUAGAGACCAUGUAUCCAAACAGAAUUAAAAUAGCAAACUCCCUGCUGGGAUCCUGCAUUCUGUUCGGUUUGUCUGAUGUGCCUAAGAACUUUCAAACAAGACCUUAAGCAAACAUGAAGGGAACUGAGGCGGAGGGGCCCUGCCACCUUUAGGCCAGAAGAUCUAAAGUAGCUGGAAUUUAAACACGUCCGUAAGAGAAUAGUCAUUAAAGUGCUGCAGGUGCCAUCCUUCUCCAGCAACUCCGAAGGGGUUCUCCUCUCCCUUCCCUGGCAAGCCUCCAGCCAGAUGACCACUCUAUGCUUCCUGUAGCUUGAGGGGGCAACGAGGUGGUCCCACAGAUCCCCAAUCGCUACGCUGCCUAUAAGCAAAGCGGCUGCUGCAUUCACACAAUAUCCUUAACCUGGUUGAAUUAACCCGUUUUCCGGGUUUGAGCAAUACAUUGAGGCAUAAACUAACUAAUCAGUCUGCAUUUGCAUCCUAUGCUGAACCCCAAGAAAGUCAGUCAAGGUUGAAACAAAGCUUAGCACGUUGUGUGAAUACACCUGCUAAGUUUGAAACUGACCUGGUUAAGCAGGUAGUGAGAAGACAGCUUGGAUGACAAUACACCAGGGGUCAGUAUUAUACCGUAAGUAUAGAUCAGCUCCGAUUUGCUAAAACUUGGCCAGAUAACUUUCGGUAAUGUUUGGACUGUGACAAGUAUCUGGAUCGUCACGCUGGAUCUUGGGGUGAUCCGAAGAUUCUGCUCUUCUGAAUUCAAAUCGGAAGAGUGCAUGCUGCAGAUUCACAACUUCAAACGAGUGAAGUGUAACUCCCAAGUUCAGCUGAAGUCUAUCUUCUGAAAUAACGAAGCUGUGGGCCAACUUUAGGGCAUAGAAGUCAGUUUCCAUUUACUUUGGAAAAUACACAAUUGUGAAAAGAAAACGUUGCACCAAUAAAAUAGUAACUUCAUCUUC